GAACCCGGCCUACAACAACGUUCACGCCAGUACGUUAUAGUUACAUGCGGCUUUUUGCCUUUGAUCUAUAAGCUCUUUAUGCAACACGGAGCUAUAAGUUUUCAUGUUAUGAAUGGGAACGUCGGUUUUCGGAAGGCGAAAGUCCAGUGAACAAUUCCGUUAAUUGUCAGUGCGCGGAACGCGAUAAUUAAAGAGCGGUUCGAUAAUAUUGAGGGUGAAACAACUCGGUCGCGAGUGAUCCAUUUUAUCAGUCUUACGACGCAAGUAAUUUAACAUAAUUACGAUCUGAAUAUGAAGAACGGCAUAAGCUCUUAAUAUUAUAUAAAGACACUGAUCGAAACUUACACUCGUAUGAUCACGUUUUAUUCCCAGAAAGUAAUUUUCUGGGUGUUGUAAUUCGUUUCCUGUGAUAGGGAAAUCGGUGCAAUGGUUAAAUAUUAUGAAAACAAAACAAUAUUCCAGUUCAACUGGAAUCAAGUUGCACAAGGAUUUUGGCAGAGAUAUCCAAAUCCUAACAGCACCCACGUGCUCACAGAGGAUACCGUGUCAAGAAAAAUCGAGAACGGUGUGUUACAUACAACGAGGCUAUUGACAAAGACCAACGGGUUACCUAAAUGGGGUGAGAGAUUCAUCAGCAUAAAUGUUGUAAAAAUCGUCGAGGAGAGCAUAGUAGAUCUAAAGAACAAAACAUUGACGACAUACACGAGGAAUCUGGGUUAUGAUAAAGUGAUGAGUGUCGUCGAGAAAGUCGUCUAUAGGGUUUGCGAGGAAAAUCCUAAUUGGACGGUAGCUAGGAGGUGGGCUUGGAUUGACAGCCAAGUGUUUGGUUUUAGCCUAGCUAUUCAAGCGUUUGGGCUGGAAAGAUUCAAGAAGAAUUGUACACUGAUGGUUAAUGGAUUUAACUACGUUCUGGCGUGCAUGUUCCCUCAUACGGCGCAGCACAUGAACCCGAAUCUCUCUCAAAUGGGUUUCGCUCAUCUGGUCGACGAGGUGGCUGGGCUGAGGAACAUUCUCGCGGAGGAUUUUCAACAGUCUUUACAUGGUAGAGCUGAGAAGGUGAAGGACGCUGCGAAGAAGGCUACCGAUUUAGCGAAGGAGAAGGCCGGGACGAUUUAUGCUGCCUAUCGAUCUGAACAGUCGUAAACAGCGGUAUCGACGGUGCGAACGACGGUUUCAAGUAUUUUAACGAACAAAGACAAUGUAGACGAGAACAGAAUUUCGAGGUGCGGCCGAAACAUAAAUCUUGCGAAUCGAUCGAGCGAGAUCGAGAAGUGAAAUUGUUGGUAAUCAUAUAUUAGACAUCGUUCCUAUAUGAAUUCGGUCAAUUGAUAUCCGAUUGUCAACGCGCAAUGAUAAAGCGAUAAGUUUCCGAAAUUUUCGUUUAAGCAACUUCGGUACGACAGUUCUGUGCAACAUCGUAUUACGUUAUAUCAUUCCUGUCAACUGCCAAAUCACUUUUUUUUAAACUUUAAGCUCUGAAUUUAAUGUAUUUGCAGUACAUUAAGAAUACUUAGAAACAUAUUUUUUAACGAUGACGGUGGUAAAUCGCGUAGGUCGUGCCACUAUUACGGUGCUCGACCGUAUCAUUACAUUUUGAUAAUGAUUACUAUUUCAGAUAUUUCCUCUUCGAUAGCAUUUACGCGGUUAAAUGCGGCUAAGCAAAUGAAAGAACGAAUGGAACGUAUGUACAUUGUCUUGUAAAAAGAUUCAUCGAACGAAGUUGAUUCGCUCGGAUAUAAAUCAAAGUUCUCGUUAAUCGAGUGGUGGCGGGACAGGGCAAAUAAAUUCAUAUAUUCUAUACAUAGAUAGAAUUUCGUAGCUAUAGCGUGUAUGUGUGCCGAUAGCAUUUUCCACCGGAACGGUUCAUACCUCCACAGGUUUACACGGAUUCGAACGAUCCCGAUGCUUUCGUACUUAAUCGUAAUGCUGGAACAACAUGUAUGCACGCACACGUAAAAUCACACUAUGUAUAUAUAUAUUUCGCGUACACUCGCCUUCUAGUUAAAAUUGUAUAAAUUGUAAUUACAGAAUUCCAGACAGCCUACGUCGUGGGAAAUUCUAAUUUAAUAUUCGUCAUUAUAUAUAGUCAGCAUUGUAAAUCGUGCAAAUAUUCUGUAGAUAUUUACAUACGUAUUAACGUACCUAAAUAAAUGUAUCCAAUUAAAAAAAUAA